AUUGAAAUCCCUGUUUCGCGGAAAUUGAGAGUGGGGAGUGUCCUCGAUGAAUUUGAAAACCACUAGAGUUCCUACGUAGAUAUUACCCGGUCAAUCACGUGCCAGAUCAUCCUAAUGUCCACAUAAAACAGAAGUCCACAGCCAGAAUCUGGUGCAUACCCGGAUAAACCGUCGACGGUGUCGUGCGUUAACAGACUCUAAAACCGUACACCUAUUGCUACAUCAUGGAUGAUCUGACCAAGGAUCAAAUUGCUCUUUUGAAGAAAGCGUUCGACGCCUUCGAUCAUGACAAAAAGGGUAGCAUCGGUACCGACAUGGUGGGCACGAUAUUGACCAUGUUGGGUUACGAGCUUAGCGAGAAGACGUUGAAAGAGAUCAUCACCGAAGUUGAUGAAGAUGGAUCCGGCCAAUUAGAAUUCGAAGAGUUCUGCACCCUAGCCGCCCGAUUCUUAGUGGAGGAAGAUUCGGAGGCUAUGCAGCAGGAAUUACGCGAGGCAUUCCGAUUGUACGACAAAGAAGGAAACGGCUACAUAACCACCGCAGUAUUCCGUGACAUUCUUCACGAAUUGGACGAUAAAUUGACGCCGCAAGAGCUGGACAUGAUGAUAGAGGAAAUCGAUGCCGACGGUUCUGGAACGCUCGACUUCGACGAAUUUAUGGAAGUUAUGACCGGUGGUGACGAUUAAAUUGCAUAGCGAGUUGAUCAGGAUGGACAGGGCUACGAUUAAGCGCGACGACGAUGAUUGACACGAGUGCUGUUUCGUAUACUAAGCGCAAAUACUUCGAUUGGUGUGGUUGAACACACGAUCGAAAUUUGGGAAAACGUCGCUUUCGAACAUGUAAUUGAAGAUGAAAUUAACACGAGGACGAUUGUUAACAAUUAUUAAUGAGAACAAAGUGAAAUUCACAUUACUCGAUUAUUAAACGGAACAUUUUAUCGUAUAACUUGAAUAAUAUCGCCGAGAGCGAAAGUUAAUGAGCAAGAGAGUCGUGAUUCGACGCCUGAAUAACUGCAAUCGAGUGUGCGCUUGAGGUAUGCGGCAGCAAAGGCAGCGUGAAACCACCAAAGAAACCAUCGAUAAAUGUCAAAGAUGAUAAUUAAAAAGAGUCUAUGCAUCAUCGAAUUUUUUAUUCGCUUGUUCGCGUAUACUUCAUUCGAUGAAGAUAAUUUAAUUGUCCACGAUUGAAUAACAUGUGAAGAAAAAUCAGAAGAAAUAAAAUUACCUUUUUAUACGAA